GGGGCUCCGGUUUGCAGAAGAGUGAAAUCUGGAUUUCUUACGCGCUCAGAGGCCCCCCCGGGGGGCGUGGGGGGUGUGGGGGCGAGGUGUUUGGUGAUUUGAUCACUGCUAGCUCCACUUGGAGGAGAUAAGAAGAGGACAAGAGAGAGUCUAUCUCUCGUUGUCUCUCGUCGUCUCUAUUUCUCCUCUGGCUUCUGAAGCGAAGUGAAGUGCGAUCUCUGAGAGUGAUUGACAGAGAGAGGGAGAGCAAUGGCGACUUCAUCGUUUUCUUCAACUCAAGCGGAGGCGUUUACGCAUUGCCGCUCUCUACCGAGGUUCGCCGAUUUCAGCUCUAGAAGCAGGAGUUACAAGCUGUUCUUGCUCGGAACCUCGAACUCGCGAUCUCUGGGAGUGAGAAGGUCGCUGUCGGUUAAGAGCGUCUCCAGCGAGCCUGCGCAGAAGGUUAAGGAUCCGGUGGCCGAAGAAGGAGAAUCGACCACUCCGAGUUCUUACACUUCAGAUGCUGCGUCAGUUGCUUCAAGUAUCAAAUACCAUGCAGAGUUUACACCAUUGUUUUCGCCUGAGCACUUCGAGCUCCCCAAGGCUUUCUUUGCAACAGCUCAAAGUGUUAAAGAUGCACUCAUCAUUAAUUGGAAUGCAACGUAUGAUUACUAUGAAAAGAUUAAUGUAAAGCAGGCAUAUUAUUUGUCAAUGGAAUUUCUACAGGGUAGAGCAUUGUUAAAUGCAAUUGGUAAUUUAGAGCUUACAGGUGCUUAUGCUGAGGCUUUGAGCAAGCUUGGACACAAUCUUGAGAACGUAGCAUGGCAGGAGCCUGAUGCUGCACUUGGGAAUGGAGGCCUUGGGCGGCUUGCUUCUUGUUUCCUAGACUCAUUGGCAACACUCAAUUACCCAGCGUGGGGCUAUGGACUUAGAUACAAGUAUGGAUUGUUUAAACAACGGAUCACUAAAGAUGGUCAGGAGGAAGUUGCUGAAAAUUGGUUGGAUAUGGGCAAUCCUUGGGAAAUUAUGAGAAAUGAUGUUUCAUAUCCAGUGAAGUUCUAUGGCAAGGUUGUUUCAGGUUCAGAUGGAAAAAGGCACUGGAUUGGUGGAGAAGAUAUAAAUGCUGUUGCAUAUGAUGUUCCAAUACCAGGAUAUAAAACCAAAACCACAAUCAACCUUCGACUCUGGUCCACUAAAGUUUCUUCAGAAGACUUUGAUUUAUCUGCUUUUAAUGCUGGAGAACACACCAGGGCAAAUGGGGCUCAAGAAAAUGCAGAAAAGAUUUGCUAUGUACUCUACCCUGGGGAUGAAAGUAUGGAGGGUAAGAUCCUUCGUUUGAAGCAGCAAUAUACCUUAUGCUCGGCUUCCCUCCAAGAUAUUGUUACACGAUUUGAGAGGAGAUCUGGUGGACAAGCAAAGUGGGAAGAAUUUCCCGAGAAAGUUGCUGUUCAGAUGAAUGAUACUCACCCAACUCUCUGCAUUCCGGAGCUGAUGAGGAUAUUGAUUGAUGUAAAGGGCCUGAACUGGGAGGAUGCUUGGAAUAUAACUCAAAGAACUGUGGCAUACACAAACCAUACGGUUUUACCUGAGGCACUGGAGAAAUGGAGUUUGGAACUUAUGCAGAAACUGCUUCCUCGGCAUGUUGAGAUUAUAGAAACAAUUGAUGAAAAGCUCAUCAACACCAUAGUAUCAGAAUAUGGUACUGAAGAUCCUGCCUUACUGGAGAAAAAGCUGAAGGGGAUGAGAAUAUUAGAAAAUGUUGAUUUGCCUGCGUCCAUUGCGGAUUUAUUCGCUAAACCGAAAGAAAGCCUUCCUGUUGAUCCAGUUGAAAAGCUUGAAAGCUCUGAUGAAGGCAUUGAACCUACUGAUACAGAGAACAAACUUGAGGAAACAAGCUCUCAGAAGGAGUCGAAACCAUCAGCAGAACCUAUUCCGAUGCCUCCAAAGAUGGUUCGUAUGGCUAAUCUUUGUGUUGUGGGUGGUCAUGCAGUAAAUGGUGUCGCUGAGAUUCAUAGUGAAAUAGUAAAAGAGGAAGUUUUCAAUGACUUCUAUAAGUUAUGGCCUGAGAAAUUUCAAAAUAAAACAAAUGGUGUGACACCAAGAAGAUGGAUACGUUUCUGCAAUCCAGAUCUAAGUAAAAUUAUAACAAAGUGGACUGGUACAGAAGAGUGGGUCCUAGACACUGAGAAACUGGCAGAAUUACGAAAGUUUGCAGAUAAUGAGGAUCUCCAUGAUGAGUGGAGGGCUGCAAAAAGGAGCAACAAGAUGAAGGUCGUCUCACUCCUCAAGGAGAGGACAGGAUAUUCUGUCAACCCUGAUUCAUUGUUUGAUAUACAGGUGAAACGCAUCCAUGAAUACAAAAGACAAUUGUUGAAUAUCAUGGGCAUUGUUUACCGCUACAAGAAGAUGAAAGAAAUGAAUGCUGAAGAGAGGAAAGAGAAUUUUGUUCCACGAGUUUGUAUAUUUGGAGGGAAAGCAUUUGCUACAUAUUUUCAAGCCAAGAGGAUUGUGAAAUUCAUCACAGAUGUUGGGGCUACUGUAAAUCAUGAUUCUGAAAUUGGUGAUUUACUUAAGGUUGUAUUUGUACCUGAUUACAAUGUCAGUGUUGCUGAAUUGCUUAUCCCUGCCAGUGAGCUUUCACAGCAUAUCAGUACUGCUGGGAUGGAAGCCAGUGGAACCAGCAACAUGAAGUUUGCGAUGAAUGGGUGUAUCCUGAUUGGGACCUUGGAUGGGGCAAAUGUUGAAAUACGGCAAGAGGUUGGAGAGGACAACUUUUUCCUCUUUGGUGCUAAAGCUCAUGAAAUUGCAGGACUUAGGAAAGAAAGGUCUGAGGGCAAGUUUGUGCCAGACCCACGUUUUGAGGAAGUCAAGGAAUUUGUCAGAAGUGGAGUUUUUGGGCCUUAUAACUAUGAUGAACUGAUUGGAUCACUGGAAGGAAAUGAAGGCUUUGGCCAAGGCGAUUAUUUCUUAGUGGGCAAGGACUUCCCCAGUUACAUCGAGUGCCAAGAGAAGGUAGAUGAGGCAUAUAGAGACAAAAAGAGAUGGACGAGAAUGUCAAUCCUGAAUACAGCUGGGUCAUACAAGUUUAGCAGUGACAGAACAAUCCAUGAGUAUGCGGGAGACAUAUGGAGCAUUCAGCCCGCGGAAUUCCCAUAGGAACUUUGCAGUGUGGAGCAUCGUGCCUGUGUUAUAAAUGUUGCACCCCUCCUUGAUGACCCACGCCUGGGACUCGGUUUGAUUUCUUUUUUAGUUAAAAGAAAAAUGCUGGGAAAUGAAGCAUUGUGCAUAUUAUAUCUGUCAGCAUGGAACAUAUUACCACACAUAAUGAAUAAAAGAAGCCUUUACCUCUACUUUGGGGGUAAUCUUGCAUUGUUGCACCUGAA